AGAAGUGGAGACAAAGAAUCAGGAACGUUUGAAUGAGAUGUCAGCUAUGAUAAGUGAGCUACGCUCUGCAAAUUCAAUGAAGGAUGAGAAAAUUAGGUCACUGCUUGAACUCCUGAAUGCUGUACUUGACAAAGAUGUAUCAGGAAAUGGGCACCAAAUGAACCCAACAACGUCCUUCAGUUCGAUAAGCAGGACAUUCAGGGGUCACCGAAGGACCCCAAGCUUUUCACCUGGUCAUCAAAGGAAACAAAGUGUUUCCUCCAUUUCCAGAAUAAUUCUCGAAUCCCCUAAGGAAGAUGAUGCAUUGUAUGAUACCGUUACAGAUCAAGAAAGCCUAAUUUUGGAGGACAUCAAAUUGAUCGAUGUUGUCAAGAUGGAGAAUGCCUCGCCGCUUGAAGAGAAGUUCAGACAAGACAUUGAUGCACUUCUGGAGGAGAACUUAGAAUUCUGGAUGAAGUUCAGCACAUCAUUCCAACAGAUCCAAGGGUUUCAGACCAAGUACGAGCAACUACAACCUGAGAUUGGGAAGCUAACAAACAAGGACAAGCUCAAGACAAAUAAUGGCCGUGCGGAUGAUCCAUCAGCAAAGGGUGACUCAAAUGCCAUAGAAAAACGGCUAAGAGAACUCAAGAUAGAACUACAAGUAUGGUUGGAACAGAAUGCCAUGCUCAAAGGGGAGCUCCAGUAUAGGUUCGCUUCCCUCUGCAGCAUACAAGAGGAAAUUGAAGCAACCAUGGAGAUGGGUGCAGACCCUGAGGAAGGAGCUCAUUUCACUUCAUAUCAAGCUGCAAAAUUCCAAGGGGAGGUUAUGAACAUGAAACAGGAGAACAACAAGGUUGCUGAUGAACUGCAAUCUGGUCUGGAUCAUAUAAAAGGGCUCCAAGCAGAAAUUGAAAAGGUCAUUGAAAAGAUAGUCGAGAGAACUAGCUUAUCGGAGGCCAAAGGAAGCAGCACCUGGAAAAAUGCACCCUCUAGAACAAGAGUGCCACUCCGGCUAUUCCUCUUUCCAGCCAAGAAAAAGAAGCCGUCACUAUUGGCAUGUGUAAACCCGGCUCUUCAGAAACAGCAUAGUGACAUGGUAUUCUUCACUAAAUGAAUUAGGCCUUCUGGAUGUAACCAGAUUCGUCAUCGAGCUAAUUAGGUGCAUAGCAGGUCAGAAAACAAGACUUAAAAAUGAUCAAAUGAUGACAUGUUGUAGCCAAAUGCCAUAGACGGCUCCGUUCACAUUGUUAGUGUUUACUAAACACAUGCCUGUAUUCCAUGGGGAUUACUAUAAGAUGUACUUUAAGGUGUAUUUAAGUACAUUUUUGACAAGAAAGUAUAUUUGUCAGUAGAACA